GCACCACCAAAUUUCAAGAUGUCGACGGUUCAAAAAAUUAAGGAAAUCGAGGAUGAAAUGGCCAGAACCCAAAAGAAUAAGAACACAAACUAUCAUUUGGGUCAGUUAAAGGCUAAAUUGAGUAAAUAUAAGAAGGAGUUGUUAACACCUUCAUCCGGAGGUGGCGGUGGCCCAGGUGUUGGCUUCGAUGUAGCAAAAACUGGUUUGGCUUCCGUCGGUUUCAUUGGUUUCCCUUCCGUUGGUAAAUCAACUUUAAUGUCAAAGUUAACGGGUACACACUCUGAGCAAGCCGCUUACGAGUUCACUACUUUAACAACAGUACCUGGUACUAUGAAUGUAUUUGGCGCACCUAUACAAGUUUUGGAUUUACCUGGUAUUAUUGAAGGUGCAAAAGAUGGUAAAGGUAGAGGUAGACAAGUUAUCGCAGUAUCUAGAACGUGUAACUUGAUUUUCAUCGUUUUAGAUGUUCUUAAACCAUUAAACGAUAAGGGCGUUAUUGAAAGGGAAUUAGAAGGAUUCGGUAUUAGACUUAAUCAGAAACCACCAAAUCUUUCUGUUAAGAAGAAGGAAAAAGGUGGUAUAGCUAUUACAAAUACAGUACCACUCACACAAAUUGAACAUGAAGAGAUUAAAGCUGUUUUAUCAGAAUAUAAAAUUCCAAACGCCGAUGUUAUGAUCAGAGAAGACAUUUCUGUUGAUCAAUUAAUUGAUGUCGUUGAAGGUAACAGAGUGUAUAUACCUUGUAUAUACGUUCUAAACAAAAUUGAUGCAAUUUCAAUCGAAGAAUUAGAUUUAUUAUAUCAAAUUCCAAACUCAGUUCCAAUUUCUUCAUCACAAUGGUUAAACAUCGAUGAAUUAAUUGAAAUUAUGUGGGAAAGAUUACAAUUAGUUAGAGUUUACACAAGACCUAAAGGUAGAGCACCAGAUUAUACAGCACCAGUUGUUUUGAGAAGGGGUAGAUGUACAGUUGAGCACUUUGCUCAUGCUAUACACAAAGAAAUUGCUAAACAAUUGAAGUACGCAAUUGUUUGGGGUAAAUCUUCAAAGCAUCCAAGAGGACAAAAGGUUGGAUUAGAUCACGUUUUAGAUGAUGAAGAUGUUUUAUGUUUAGUUAAACAUUAAACACCUCUUUGAUCCAGAACGAUGACGAUUAUUGUUAAUAAAAAUAUUUAUAAAAAGCCAAUAAAUUUUAAGGAUUUAUCCCUC